CCUGUGUUAAACUGUUAUUAAAACUUUAAAAAGGCUUUCUGUGAACGGUCUUUCUUUGUAAAAAAAUGCGUGUGCACGUGCGGCUUAUAGUCCGGUGCGGUUUGUAUAAGAAAAAAACUAAAAUAUCCCCCAAUUUUAGCUGGUGCGGCUUAUAGUCCGGAAUUUACGGUAUUUAUUAGUAGUGUUAUAAAUGAUUAUUUAUCAGCUUCUGAGAUUCUUUUUGGACUGAACUUGUUCAGUUGAAAUGAAGUGAAUGUGUCCAUGUGGUUUGUCAACAGCUCAUGUUGACUCUUAACACAGCCCUGUCACUAAACCUCAAAGUUGUCUCAAGGAAGUCUUUUCUUCCCUGAUCAUAAUAACAUUCAGGAUUAUAUCGGCUGAGAAGAUGCACCGAGGAGGCGUUGCGCAUCGGGGCAGAUCUGUGGUGCUCAUGCUUCCCGGUUAUGGAUUCUCUCCAUUUCCUGAUUUCCACCAUCCCGCUUUGCGCUGCAGCGACGACGGUCCCACCAUGUGGCUCCCCGGCAAGUCGACGGCGGCUCUGAUCUCUGACCCCCACGACGACGACGAGUCUCUCCCUCAUCGCAAACACGUGGCCGUGUGCCAGCAGGAGACUUUGACCUUCAUCGAUCUUCAGCCGUCAGUGAAAGCUCAACUCAAUGGAUGCGGUGGCUCUCCUGGCUCCACCUACGCCCAACACCUCGACUCUUUUCGACACUCGGGUGAACUGAUUGACUGGGCCAAAAGUUACCUGGGCAAGGUGGAUGAACAGCUCUCUUCCAAUUCUUUUCCUACCAAGAUCAAAUGGCAAAAUAGUCAUAAGACGUGUUUACUAGAACAUAGUGAUGGAGCUGCAUCAGGGUGUCAUCCCCACCACAUCCCUCUUAGUCUCCCUUUGGCCUUCCCACUGUCCCCACUCUACACAAACAGAGACUCCUGGGACUCCCAGAUACCUUGUUCUCCAUCCCCACCUGAAGGUCCAGAUUUUCCCAACUUGGACUCCUACCAAGCGCAGAGGCGAACAUCCCAAGGUUCGCUUAAAGAGAAGUCCAUUCGCCGUAAGAUGCAGGUUUAUUCUCCGGACAGCCUCAGUGACGACUCUCUCAGCAGCCCCGUCCUGGAUGCCGACUUCCUCUUCCCUGUGACCUUCACGUCUUUCCUGGAGGAGGACCUCUGUGGACAAUCCUCGCAAGAUACCGACCCCAGCCCUUCGUCCACAGAAGCCACUCCGGAUCUGCGUGACCUCAGUCCGGAUGAUAUUCUCCAGGAUUCACUUGCAGGCGUGAGAGAAGAUAGUCAGGACACGGCAAUGGCGGGCAGCAGUGUGCCACGCAGUCGCCAAGCAGACCACGAGCGGCGCCGCUUCUCGGCUUCCGAAUUGAUUUCCAGACUCCAGCUGUCCCAAAAGAAGAAUUCCUUCACCUUGAAGCUGGGAAAGUCACUGUCAGCCCGGGUCGCCUCCAAGGACCGACAGAGUUUGAGCCCGGAUUAUAAGUCCAAUGCAAAACCACGGGGCUCCUACAAUGAUAGCGCCCCCCACAGUCCUGUAGGACCUGUACCGCCGCCACUGCCCAGCAGUGAAAUUGGAAUGCCAACGCAUUGGUGGAGCAGCAAACUUGGAAUGCGAAAGCGAUCCACCGAGGAAGACUUGUGCACGCCGCCCGUUGUGUCUUGCUCCAAUCGCUUAUCAAGGUUCUUGCCGAGUUCCAUCCUGUAUCAAGAAUACAGCGACGUUGCCAUCAAUAGAGAAAUCCAAAGGCAACAAGGCAAGGAGCCGGGCACGGACGAAGACGGCCUCAAGUUGUGUGUAAUGCAAAUGAUUCUUUUAAUGACAGUGUUGUAUGGAAUAAAAGUAUAACAUUGAAACAGAUGAAGAAGACCCAUCCUUUAUUGUUUGGCACAAGUCACAUUCGGUUUGAUUUAGUGCACAUGAACAAGAUUGCCCACAAUUUGUGUAUGUCAUGACCGUACAAUUUAAGUUGACUUUCUACGUACCAUGUAAAACUCUACUUUGGUCGGGCAAAGUGAUCUGGGUCGUACCAAAAUGUUAUUUUUUAUGUGUAAAUAAAAUAAAGUGAAAGUAA